UUUGAAUUAAUUUGUGUGAACAUGCAAUCCACCAGCAGUAGUCGUCAAUGUGGCACGGACGCGAUCAUUUCGUGGCAAACGACUCACGUUGAUGUGCAGUGCUCGAUUUGGUUUUUUAUUCGGGGCUAAAUAAAGUGUCAAAGGCAACAUGAAAGUGCCCUUCUCGAAAGCCACGCUGUGGAAAUAUGUGUUCCUAAUGAUAAACUGUUUGAUAACUGCCUUCGACGUUCUACUCAUCUCAUGCGGCGUCGUUUCCCUAGGCGGUGCCGGCUCUUUAGCCGGUGCUUACACCGCAGCAUCCAUUGGGUUCCUAGCAAUGUUCAUCGCCUUUACGGGCGCCAUGGCAUCGGUGCGUCAGUCAUUGAUGCUAUCUUGGGCGUACAUAGUUACGACAGUGCUAUGCAUAGUUUUGGAAACGAUUUGUAUGAUCGCAUUUGGCAUACUCAAAGAUGACUUCUAUUUAAUGGCGGUCGAGCGUGUACAAGGCAUUUGGGAUGAACGACCAGAGACCCAGGAGGCAUUAGACGAAAUUCAAGAACAGCACCAUUGCUGCGGACGCGACAGUCCACAGGAUUAUUUGCCUGACAAACAGCAAACUCUACCUGCGAGUUGUUGUCGCUGGGGCGAUUGUUCGGAGGAUAAUAAUAUUUUCGCCAGAGGCUGUGUUGAUGCGGCGACGAGCUUUUUUAACGAACAAAGUGACAAUCUUAUUUUGAUUAUUGUUGGACUGAUUGCUGUUCAGGUAUUUGGCGUGAUUGCUGCCUAUUACUUCACUCGUAGCAUGGUAAAUCUUAAGCAGAAGCGGGAACAAAUCAUUAUUAAUGAGUAAUUAAUCGAUUUUAUACCACAAUAUGUCGCAAAAAUUGGAAAAAUUUGUGGAAAUAGAAUAUUCUUUGAAUAAGAUUGAUGUAAAGGAAUUGUGAAAAUGUACAAAAAAAAAAUGUUGAUCAAAAUAUAUAUGUAACUGAAUAAAAUAUUUUAAUUGGAAUAAUAUAAUAGAUAUAAAAAUAAUAAAAUUGUUAAAUGAAAAAAUAAAAGAAA